CACAUCGUCACGUACUAUACACGGGAUACACCUCCCAUUUUACCUUCUCUACCUUGAUAUCAAUGUCUCUUGCAUCCGUUGCGUAGCUUUUUUCAUCCAUUGCGCGAUUUUCUUUUCCCUCGCAUCCAGCGUGCGCGACAAUGGAAUCGUACGGUCACGGCCACCUGCCGAGGGGCCGAGGGCGAUAUGCCCCCAGACAUUACUCCGAUUCGAAAGCAGCACGACUGACUGACUUUUCAAACGUGCCGGAGCGAGAGGCCGAUCCGGAACUGGUCGCCCUUCACUCCGAGUUCAAGAUCCAGCGGGAGCGGCUCGCUGCGUGGGGACGCGAAUGGGGCGACGAUCGUGUAGCGACCGGCGAGGCCGAGCUCGACGACACUUUCGAGCGAGCGGAGCUCAAGGACGCCGUCCAGGACGUGUUGGAGAACGUCAAGAAUGUGCUCGACGAGAGCGAGCGAAUAAGUCACGGGACGCCGCUCACGCCGAAGGGCGGCGAGAAGAAAGGUCCGUUCUGGGGUCUUGGCCUGAGCGAUCAGAAGUGGACGCAUGCGGAUCGCUCGAGAUACGAGCAGCUCGCCGACGAGUUGAAGACGUCGAUUGACCUCCUGUACGACAUCAGCAAGACCCGGCGGGAGAUCAAGGAGAACAGCUACCCCGGCUUCGCUGGCAAAAGCAAGUCAGACAGCAGCCUGCCCCCUCCCGUGAGCAAGGGAUUCUUUUCGACAAGCUCGUACAGCACGAGCGAGGAGACUCUGGUGAACACGACAAGAUCGUCGACGCAGCGGACGGCGGCGAGUCUCGAACUGCCCUCGCGACUGGAUCCUUCCGUGCUGGACAUUCCCGCCGAGGAGCCGCCGCCGUACGACAGCGCCGGAGCAACUCCAAUCACCAGGAUGAUCGGCCACUACAGAUUGCCAGCGCCUCCAAGCCAGCUCGCCGGCGACGAGCCUGCCAGCGUGCUGAUUCCCGUUCUGAUCGAGUACGCGCCUUUCGAUGCCAGCUACAGGACAACGGGAGUUCCCGUCCCAACAAACAGACUGGACACCCUCAUGAGCUUCUAUGCCCGCUGCGGGUCGAUGCCGGACUAUUCACAGUUUGCGACGCUGUCGUGUUUGGGCUACUUUGAAGACCCAAAGCAAGCACGCUUUGGCCUUGUCUACGAGCUGCCAAAGAAAGCGCUCGACCUUGAAAAGCUGAAUGGGGCCACCAUCGAUUCACGGCCGGUCAGCCUGCACAAGGUGCUUCAACAAGCUUCGAAAUCAUUAAAUACCAACAGACAGCUGCCUCCAGGCCCGCCGCUGGAAGAUCGGUUUCGCCUCGCCUUCAACCUCAUGCAAGCGUUCGCAAAGCUGCACAUGGAGGAGAAGAUUCUGCACAAGGACGUCAACAGCAGCAACAUCAUCUUCUUCCUCAAGCCCACGUCUCCAGACUCCAAGGGCCACGAGUAUGAUCUCCGGUCGCCGUAUGUGUCGUCCUUCGAUCUGUUCUCGGAGUUCAGCAUUGAAGAGCCGCCAACCGCACCUGGUCGCAACCUGUACCGGCACCCACACGAUCCCAAAAUUUUCAACCAGAAGUGCGAAUUCUGCGACAAGCUGACGUGCACGUGCGCCAGAUACAGGUUCGACAUCUACGGUCUCGGCCUUGUGCUUCUAGAGAUCGGCCUUUGGGGCCCACUCUCGGAUAUCUUCAAGCAGAAGUACAGCCUGGACGACUUUCGAAAGCGCCUUGAGACCAUCUGGGUGCGCAAGCUCGCCAGCAGAUGUGGAAGCAUCUAUCAGUCUGUUGUGAAAGAAUGCUUGCAGCAAGCGUCGCAAAAUGUGUCCGACGAGCAGAUGCGCGCAAACUACACCAGAUGGCUCAAGAAGCUUCGGCGCUGCUGCCUGCUUGACGAGGAUGAAGAGGUCACUUCGGCGUUGACACCUACGCGGGUUUCCAGCAUUUCCGGUGCGCCGCAGAGCGUCUCUCCGGAAAGUACCAUCGUUGCCUCCGAGGCCUCCAACAACCCGUUCUUGAACCUGCGCGCUGCGCCAACGACUUCGUUCUUCAGCAACCCAUUCGCACGCUUCACCUCCAAGAAGACACCACUGCCGUUCUCCAUCAAGGAAGAGUACGACAGCAACCCUUUCAACAAGACUGACGACCUAUCUACCACGGUAUCGCGCGAAUUCGACAGCACCCAAUUUGGCAGCGAGCUCGAACUCACAUCUACCACCUCCACUACCGCGCGUUACUCGGCCGCCGCAAAGACUAUCCAAAAGGCGUGGCGGUCGCACCGUACGAGAAGAGCUUUCCAAGACUACAAGAAGAAGAUAGUCAUUAUCCAGAAAGCGUGGAGAAGGCGACAAUCACUUCGCAACAGCUUGUCGCAAGCGACACAAAGGUCUGACAACGAUGAGAUCCGCAUAGAGAGCGAGCUCGUCGCCGACUACACUCAUUUCGAGAUCAAGCAUCACGAACCGACACCGAAACCCAAGCUGCGCUUGCACAACGUCAAACUUACGACGGAAGCACUAGACUAUUGGCACGACGUCAUGCUACCAAAGCUUGAGCGCAUCUGUGAGAGGUGCCUGCGUGACUCUCCAGAAACCGUGUCCAUCGAUCUGGUCGGCGUUGGCGAGACGGCUCUCAGCGCCAAGCCCACCAUCUUCAUCACCUGCAGCAGCACGAGCCGUGUCCGGUGUGCAAUCAACCGCAAGUUCCAUUACGACCAUAAUCAGUUUGACCUUCGGGUAAGACGAGGCCGAGUGCGGCGAAGCAAAGUUAGCCAGCCCAAGAAACGGGCGCCACCACAUCGAAGCAUGAUGAACAGUAACUAUCCACCCUCAGACAACAAGCCGCUCAACCCUUUUCAUCAGGAGAGACCUUUGUGUGGGGCGUCCAUUGGCGCGUAUGUUGGCAACAAGCACUUGCCACCCGUCAGUUACGGGGGUGUUGUUCGUGUUGACGGUGAGCCCUAUGGAAUGACUGUCCAUCAUCUCCUGGACUCCCCUAGCGACGAAGACGACAGCGAGUUCGACGAGCAGGAAGCCUACAGCAGCGCGGAGCGAUCGAGCGCUCGUCGCUCGGACGGUUACGACGCCCUGUUGGCCGGCAUGGCAGGCCACCCCACCCUUCAAUCAGUGCCAACGGACUCCAUGUUUCCUCUCGAGAUCUCGGAUGACGACGAGCCUCUGUCAUCAGAAGACGAGGCAGAUCAGGCACCCGAACUUUCGGACGAGGAGUACUUCUCGUCCGACUUUGAGUCGGAGCCAGAGUCGAUCGAAACAGAGGAAAUUCGACACACCAUGGGUGACCUGACUGGCGUGCACCCUGGUCAAGGUACAGACAUUCUCGUCACGCAGCCUGCCCUCGACGACGUCGACGAUGACUUUUUCCCCAACGAGGAGGACAGAGACGACGACCAUCUUGACAGCCACAAGCUUGGGUUUGUACAUGCGUCAUCUGGAAUCAGACGUUGGAAUCGAAAAGGGAGUGAUGGACGCAGCAUUGUGCACGAGAUCGAUUGGGCGCUGCUCAAGCUUGACGAAGCACGGCUGCAACCGUACAACCUGGUCCAGGGGGGGCGAAGGCAUUUGCGCAACCCUCGACAGCAUGACCUCCGCUCAACGCAGUUGCUUGCAAAACUCAUAGAGCCCGUGUGCCGCGGUCCUUGCUUUAGCCAAAGCGACGACGAAUUUCCAGUCAAAGUCGCGGGCACAGAAGAACUCGGGAACUUGCGCGUGCAUUGCUUCGGGCGCACAAGCGGCCUGCAAGGAGGCGUUAUUGGUCCAGCGAUGAGCUCGGUGCGCAUCUAUCGGCGCAGAAGCUUCAGCAGGAGCUGGCACGUCAUUGGCAACUUCGGCGUCGGUGGCGACAGUGGUGCAUGGGUCAUCGACAACGAUCAAGGGCGCGUGUGCGGACACGUUCUUGCAUGGUGUGAACGGAACGCCAUCGCCUACAUCUGUCCGAUGGAAGUCAUCCUCGAAGACAUAAAGCGCACCCUUGGAGCGAAAAGGAUAUGCCUUCCCGGUGGCGAGGACGAGGUUGAGGAGAGCACGCGUAACAGACCACGAGGCGCGUCGAGAAGUCAGGCGGCGGUCGAAGAUCGAAGAGCGCAGAAUGUGGAACUUCCUGACAUCGCACGUCUCGACUUUGGAGACCGCCAACGCCUAGGACUAGGGGGAGCAACGGCAGAGGACAUUAUGAGGCGCAGCGCCGCGAGUGCGGCGUUAAAAGGCUUGACGAGCGAGAGCAGGAUCAACGGUGCGAGCAAAGGGCCGAGAAUGGAAUAUCACGGGGUUAUGAGUGUCAGCUAGUCGAAUAGAUAUCCCACCCGAAACCAGAAUUGACUGUUUUUUUUUCUUCUGUCA